AUGCCCCCGCCCGAUCCACAUUCCUCAGCGUACACCCGACUUCGAAAACGCAAGCGGCACACCAGUCCCACUGCGCACGAUGUUCUACCUCCAGCAAUUCGCCCCCGGACGGUUGUGGAAAUCGAAGGGCCAGAUGUUCAGGAUGAGCUGGACGUCGAGAACGAUUCGGAUGUUCCGAGUGAACCAGAUGUCGAGAACGACCCAGACACCGAGGACCCAGACACCGAGGACAAUACAACCGAGUUAGACAGCAGGUCUGCAGAGUCGGAAACAGACACUGAAGAAGAAGAUAGUCGUUUCGCGCCCGACCACUAUGGACCUGGUCUACAUUACUUUACUGUUGACUGCCAACAAGCCGAUUGGAAAAUGCACAAGCGGGUCUGCCAGCUCGUCUCCGCUGAACCACAUGCUCGUGCAAUGGUACGAUUCAAUUACCGAUACGGACACUACAUCCACGCCCUCGCUCUCUUCAUGUUUGGGUAUUGCGACCUCAUGGCGGGCCCUCGACGCGAUGAAAUCUGGAAGAAGAGGGUCAAUACCCACGCCGUUGUGCUCCACGUACGCCAACACGGUUAUACGGACUCUCAUCACCCAUACCACGACUACCACUACUCCUCCUGCUAUCUCUUCCCCAUCAAACUACUCAAUAUCAUUGAAGAGGGAUGCAGAGCGCGCGCUGAAGCCCUUCUCCAAAUCCGUCAGGAGGAGAAGACCUGUAUUGUGGUCAUUAUGUUUGAGGACAAGGUCAGCUUCAGCCUCGGCGCUCGUGCCUUCCUGCACAAAGUUGACGAGUUUGAGAUCAAUCAAUACGCCCGCACCUCUACUUACAACGCUCCUCACUCGUUCCGUCGAAUUUUACUCCACAAGGCUCGGAAAGCCACACCCGUUUCUGUCGUAGAAUCACAUAUCUAG